UUUAAUCAGCCCCAGCCCCAGCUCUCCGCCCAGUUUGGGGCCGUUUGGGUAAAACCCGGCUGCAGCUGCGGCACUCGGGGAUCACCGGUGGGGACAGCCCGUCCUGGAUGUCCCAGCCCUUCCCUCGGCCAGGCACAGCGAGGCACUGACCCAGAGCAGGAAAAGAGCAAUCUCAAGCCCCUGAGGGAGGAUGUGGGCUUACACCGUGGGCUUCACCGUCCUGCCCCACGUUGGAGGAUUCCUUGGCUGGUUCCUGAACAGGAAGGAGAUCCCAGAGUGGUACGAGAAGCUGAAAAAACCUUCCUGGUGCCCGUCCCGCAGAGUGUUCCCUGUGGCCUGGACCAUGCUGUACACGGGCAUGGGCUACGCCUCCUACCUGGUGUGGAACGACCUGGGGGGCUGCAGCAGCAAGGCCAUCCUCCCUCUGGGGCUCUACGGGGCUCAGCUGGUGCUCAACUGGGCAUGGCCACCCUUGUUCUUCGGUGCCCACAACCUGAACAUGGCUGUGAUCGAUGUGCUGUGCCUGGACGGGCUGGCGCUGGGCACGCUGUGCUCCUGGUACCGCAUCAACCGGCUGGCAGCGCUGCUGCUGCUGCCCUACCUGGGCUGGCUGGCCAUGGCCACCUGCCUCACCAUCCGCAUCUGGAAGGACAACCCCCAGCAGAAGUCGGGCAAGAGCGACUAAAAUCCCUUUUUGUGUUGUUAACUGGCCUGAGGUGAAGCGAAUUUUCAGGGGAAAAAAAGUGUGUUCACUUCGUUCCCUGCUGAAGGGAGAGAGAAACGAUGCAUGUGACUUUAUCUUGUUAGAUGGCUAAUUAAUGACUUCAUUUGGUAUUAUUGUUAUUCUAUAUUACAUUACAUUCAAAUUGAAUCUGCUAAGCACUCAAUUCUGGAUACAAAACACCAUCACUGUGGGGAAACAAACACCAUCACUGGGUGAACGAUCCCCAUCCUGCAUUCUACUUUUGCACAAAGUACAGCAAAUGAUGAGAAUUGUUUUUCCUUUCUCUGAGGUUCAGAGGAUGUGAAACCCCCCCAGAAAUAUUCUUGGGGAGAAUUGUGCCUUGCUUUUCUCUGGGAAGAGAGGUGUUGCUGCAGAGGUGAACUGAGCUGUAACAAUUUCAGGGUUCGUUUUGGGAUUUGCCUCCUCCUCCUCCUCCUCCCAGCUCCACGGGGAAAGGUUUGCACUAUUCCUUCCAUUAAUGGGGUUUUCUCCAGCUGAUUUUUUAAUGUGCAUUUCUAUUUUAAUUUCUAAACCCACAGCAGAGAGAACUCUCACCUUUGCACAGGGGGAGGUUCUGGAGUUGUUCACAGACUUCCUUUUGUACAAAACCAAGGGAAAUUUUCUUUUAUAUGAAAAAUGAUCCCACACAAUGCAGGGUAAGACCAGGACACAUCCAGAAUUCAGGGUCUGUCCUGCACCUUCCCCUGCAGAGCUCCAAACCUGCCCCUCUUCCCUCCUCCCCAAAUGGCACCAGGUCAAAUUCCAGCAGUUAUUACCUGGAAUAAUUCAGGCUGGGAACCCCUCCCCACCA